UGCAAUGGCGAUAUUGGACAAUAACAGCCACCGCUUUUGGGCACCACAUCUGUAUUAUGUGGCUAACGCUGAAGAAAACACCUCCAGUCGGCUGCAGAAACACGUGUAACAUUUACAUUUUCGACCUGCGACCAGGGGAGGAGGAUCUGACAGCCCUGUGCACGCCAUGACAGUUUAGACUUCAAAACGCAGGUGUGACGUGUGUGAACAGACACCAUGGCCACGCAGGAGCCGUCCCCGCCGUCCUCCAUGGAGAGCAACAAGCCCGGCUUCCCCAAGAAGAUCCUGGGCAACAAGCUGGAGGACAAACACCUGUGCAACUGCUGCCACAACAUCCUGAGGCGACCGUUUCAAGCCCAGUGUGGACAUCGCUUCUGCUCCUACUGCUUCAACAGGACUGUCAGUAAUGGACCCCAGAAAUGCAGCGCCUGCAUUAAAGAGGAUAUUUUUGAGGACCCGACGUCGAUUUUGAAACAAGGAUGUGCUUUUCCUGACAACGCCGUGCGGAGGGAAGUGGAACACCUUUCAGCUGUUUGUAUCAACGAGAGUUGCACUUGGAAAGGCAGCAUUAAGGACUACGAGAUGAAUCACGAGGGAAAGUGUGAGUUCAUGAUCAUCCCCUGCCCCUCCUGCAAGGAACGCAUCCGCUUCAACGAACAGGAGCGCCACAAUGAGCGAGAGUGCCCAGAGAGAACGCUCAACUGCAAGUACUGCAAGGAGCCGUUUCACUUCAAGAACAUCAAGGCACAUGAUGAGAUCUGUCCCAAGUACCCGAUGAUCUGUGAGGGCUGCGCCAAGAAGAAAAUACCCAGAGAAAAGUAUGUGGACCACAUCAAGUUCUGCAGCAAGUUCAGGACGCCGUGUCGAUUUCACGUCGUGGGAUGUGACAUGUCUGUGGAAAAAGAAAAGAUUCAUGACCACGAGCGCGCCUUCGCCUACGAGCACCUGAACCUGCUGCUGCACUACAUCAUGGGCAUGAAGGUGAGCAUGGAGGGCCUGCAGCCCCAGGGACUGGAGGUCGCCGGACACAAACUGGUGGAGCUCCAGCAGUCCCUCAGGGAGCUGGAGGCCAGAGUCUCCCAGCUCAGCACCACCUCCUCUGGGCCUCCCGUGCAGGGAGCCGCCGCCGCCUCCUCUUCAUCCUCCAGCAGCUCCGGCCCCCCUGGUCCUCCCGCUUCAGCUCCUCUUCCUCCACCUCCCACCUUGGCUCCCACCCUCUCCGUGUCCACCUCCUUCACGCCCCUGCCCAGCUCGGUGGGCGCGGCCCUGGAGCUCCAGCUCCACAGCGAGAAGACCAAAGUGGUGGAGCUGGGCCGGAGGUGCACGGAGCUCGAAGUGAAGUCAGGCACGUUUGAGAAUGUGGUGUGUGUACUGAACAGAGAGGUGGAGAGGUUCGCCACCACCAUGGAGGCCAGCAACCGUCAGCACAAACUGGACCAGGACAAGAUCGAGGCUCUGACCAACAAGGUGCGACAGCUGGAGAGGACGGUGGGGCUGAAGGACCUCACGGUGGCUGAGAUGGAGGGCCGGCUGAGGGAAAUGUCCGCCACAACCUUUGAUGGCGUCUUCGUCUGGAGGAUCUCUGAUUUCGCCAAGAAGAGGCAGGACGCCGUCGCGGGUCGAGCUCCGGCCAUGUUUUCACCAGCCUUCUACACCAGUAAAUACGGCUAUAAGAUGUGUCUGCGGAUCUACCUGAACGGAGAUGGGACGGGGCGUGGCAGCCACCUGUCCUUGUUCUUUGUGGUGAUGAGGGGACUGAGUGACGCGCUGCUCAAAUGGCCUUUUAACCAGAAGGUGACCCUGAUGCUGCUCGACCAGAGCAACCGGGAGCACAUCAUCGACGCCUUCAGACCCGACGUCACCUCCUCGUCCUUCCAGCGACCCGUGAGCGAGAUGAACAUCGCCAGCGGCUGCCCGCUCUUCUGCCCGCUCUCCAAGCUCGACGCCAAGAACUCUUACAUCCGCGAUGACACCAUUUUCAUCAAGGCCAUCGUGGACCUCACCGGCCUCUAGGGGGCUCCACCGAGUCGGUCUAGUUUGUGCAACAUGGGCAGCUCUUUGACCAUUUACGGCUUAAUUUAAGGCUCGAUCGUGGUCCCUUUAGGGGUUCUGUCUUACUGCCCCCCUCCCCCCCCUCCCCCCGCUGCUGUAGGGAGGCAGACAUGCUUGUGGACUGCGUGAGGCUGCAGUCCAGACGGCGCCCGGCAUUGUCAUACCCGGUGGGUUUUCUACGCGAGAACCACCGUCCACUGGUGUACAUUUCAGGUGCAAAAACCUUUUCUUUUUUUCUUUUGACAUCACGGUGAUCAAAGGUCACCUCACAUGAGUUUUCAGUUGAAAGAAAAAGGGGACGCACCGGUGCAGCGUGGUCAGCGCAGGGGAAUGAGCAGAGGCAAGAAAUGCCGAGAGUUGAACAGGAGUUGAAAAAGAGUCUUUUAUUUUGAAAAUCUCCUACAUUUGACGAAUCGGUUUUGAAACAGGAAACGCGUCCUGUUUCCUGUUUCCUGGAGUGAUGGUAGUUUACAGAUAGUCGGUGUGAUCAUUCCUGAGUGGUAGACUUAAACUUAGAGUUAGAGCAUGGCUUUUUGCUUUUUUUCUUGCAGAUUGUGGAUAUUGUGAGCUUCUCAAUUCCAGUGUGAGUGAAUUUGCAUAGACAAACGUGGAGUUAUGUUAUGAAUAAGAUUACAGGCAUUUCUUUGCCUUUUUUUUUUUUUGAUUUGACGCUUAGUGCAUGCCGCUGGCGUUUUUUAAGUAUAAAAAAAUCGGUCCUUUAUUUUCGACUGAGCUUCACGAGAGUUUCCUUUGUUUGUCGUUAGUGAAUUAGCCAUCCGUGAUGGUGGACAUUGCCUGCAUGUCUUUUGGAGCCAGGCUAUCUUACAAUGUAAAAGUGUGUUGCGUGUUUUUUCCUAUUAGGGGUUCUUCUGAUUGGUGGUUUUGGUACAUCUGUGGAAGAUAACAGUUGGAGUUUACCAAGGAGUCAGGGGACGAGCCUGAGGCAUUAAAAAACUCUCCGACAAAACAAUACAUAGCUGUGGAGUUCCCCCCCCCCCCACAGAGGAAGUGCUCACUCGCUCACAUCUCAACACAUAGUGCCGCGCACCACCACAGAUUGAGGUCAACACAGAUUCCACAAAAUGAAGGAAUUGUUCCUUGUUUUCUGUCCAUUCAGUAUAUACAGUGCAUAUGUGUUUCUGCUGCUCUAACAUAGAAUAAUAAUGUGAAUCUAAAAUAUAUAAAUAUAUAUAUGUUGGUGAGGUAAAUGUUUGUGGAGGCUGAGUGGCUGAAAUGCUUUGUUGGUGGCCAUUUUUGACAUUCUCUUCUUCUCCCCCCCCCCUUUGAGGCACCACUAAUGUCACCCUCAUUAUGAGCAGGGGGGCGUGUAAUCCUCCACACGUCCACCAGAGGCUGCUGUUGCACUUACUUAGCAUGCAUGCUGAGGUUUUUUUUUUCUUUUUAAAAAAAAAAGCUUCAUGCUGGCCUGUUUGAAAAAAACAGUCUCGACCUGUAUUGAACCCUCUCUGUGCAUGGGAGGCUUCAAUUCAUAUUCACUUAGGAGCUCCACGCCGGUCGACCUCCUACCGUGGGGCGGCGUGCGGAAAAGGUGUUUUAUUUUGUAUUUUGUUUGGAUGAAUAACCAUAGAAUAGUUAUUAUGUUAUACCCGGCGCUGCGUCUGUUCCAACAGAAGCGGUCGCCUAUAUUCAUAGCAAUUUAUAAAUAUGUAUCGUUCAUAUCAUAAUGUUGAAAUAAUCUAUAUAUCAAUGUUAAUAUACAGGAGAUGUUAUAAUAAACAUAGUAUUACUGAAUACCUUAUUAAUUCUAUAUCUAUAUACCAGCUUUUUUCUUUGUCAAGAUGGUUCCAACAGGCCAGGACGCCCCCCCCCCUUCUGUGCAGUACGGACUACUGAUCCCUUCGAUAGUGCAAUACUCGAUUAUGUCUGUUUCCAUUUUGAUGACAUCUCGGCUUUAAGGGGUCACCAGAGGUCAUUACUCGACUUGUUUACAUUACUCAUCGCAGCUCUGAAAACUGCAACCGAUCUCUAACUUCACGAGGAAUAAAAAACGACGGUGCUUUCCUCGUCUUUAAGCGUGCGGGACUUUCCACCGCUAACAUCAGUCAAAAAACAAGCUAACCAUGAAGCUAACCCGCUAAAUCAAAGCUCGAUACAGACGGCGGGUUUCUAUCCUUUACUUAAACACAUUUUCAAUGAAGAGUGAGCGUGUAGUUGUAGAACUUUUUUUUUUUAAAACCUUUGAGUGUUCUUGUAUCGUGCCAAAUCAAAUAUUACCUCCUUUGUUAUGAUGCUAACUAUGUCGUACCGCGAGAUGUUGUUUGUGUUCUAUGCUAACAAAAUGGUGCCAAAUGGGGUUUUAAAAAAAAUUGUCGUUUGUGCUGCGUGAAUGUGUGCGUGGUCAUUUGAAGACAAAGCAUUUGUCGCUACAGAUCAGAGGUGAAACGCUGUCCUCUCGUUACAGACUCUCCCUUGAGGGUUUUUUUAUGAAUGUACGCUUGAACUCUGAACCCCGCGAUGCAGUCGAACCGGAAACCGACUUUCUUUGUGCACUUUGUAUUCGUCGUUUGUCCAAACAGGGUAUUUUUGUUGAGUGACUUGUGUAUACUUUGAAAUCAGAGCCAUAUAUAUUCUGAUGUUGAUGAUUGAUGUAUAUUAUGCUCUAACGCGGGGACAUGCAGUAUGAAAUAAAAGACGUUUGAUGGUU